UUUCUUCAGCAAAAGUCUGGUUUGGGGAUAAGCUUGGAGAAGGCGCCUAUGGGGUUGUUUAUAAAGGGGAAUUGCUGGAUGGUGGGACAGUUAUUGAUGUAGCUAUUAAACAAUUAGUUGGAAAGGAUAUGAAAAAAGAGCAGAUUGCCAAUUUGUGGUCAGAGGCACGUAUUAUGACUGCAUUGAGGAAUGAACACGUUAUUAGAUUUUAUGGAAUUGUUAAUGAUAGCAAGCCAUUCAGUAUCGUAUUGGAAUACAUUAAUGGCAAAUCUGUGGACAAUUUUUUAAAGGAAGAAGGAUCAGAUAGUGAUGACAAAAUGCGAACAAAAAUAAUUCUUGGCGCUGCUAGAGGCAUGAAGUAUUUGCAUUCACAAAAUCCUCCAUUUUUGCAUUUGGAUUUGGCUACUCGAAAUUUAUUAAUUAAUUGGACUGGACGUUCUAAGACAAUAAAUAAUAUGACUGUAAAGGUAGCCGAUUUUGGGUUAAGUAAGCGUGGUCAAAAACAUACUAUUGACGUAAACCAACCAACAAAUCUUCGCUGGUUGGAUCCAGAUUCCUUUAGAAGCAAGUCUGUUGACAAAUUGACUGAUGUUUAUGCUUUUGGUAUAACCCUUUUUGAAGUCUUCAGUCGUCCAUAUGAAUUUCCGUAUGCUAAAUGGAGUGGGCAAAAGGUCUACGAGCAAGUCAUUAAUGUUCCCAAGUCUAAAAGGAAGAGAUUAAAUACUCCCGAUGGAAUGCCCGUUGCUUUUGUUAAUUUAAUGAAGGAUUGUAUGAAAUUUGAUGAAGACAGGGAUAAGCGACCUUCAUUUGAACAAAUUGAGAGAAUUGUUGAUAAUUUAUAUAGAAAGAUGUAGAAAAGAAAUAUUUUUUUGUUAGGGUUUUCUUGUAGAUUUUAUGCUUUUUUGUGUUGUAAAUAAUGUUUAAGAUUUCCUCUACUGUUAAGUUUAAUUUUAGACUUUUCUGAAAGCUGAUUAAGUCACCCAACUUUUUACUAAUU